UUCUCUUAGUGCACAGUUAUUUAUGUCCGUGGCUUUCCUCACUAUCAGUAUAUAAACACGUUGAUACCAAUUGUUUUUGUAUCCUCAGGGCUUGCAGACUGAUUAUCAAUAGAGUAGGCUCUAUGAAUAUUUGUUGAACUGACAAGAAAACUAUAUUUGCCCAAAGCCUUUGACCUCGAUCUCUAUCUUCAUCCUUUACCUUGACGGACCUCCGUUCCUACUGAGCCCCUAACUCCAGUGUCCUGAUCUCUGUGUUUCCAUCUGCUUCUUUCUGGUUUGGGCUCCACCCCUACCCUUAAAACGAAUCUCCCAGUUCCUCUUUCUAAUCCUUAUCUCAUCUUGAAUCCUGCUCUAACCUGAGCGGUUCCCUACCCUCAUUCACUCUCUAUUCCAAUUGUCUCUGGUUCCUAAACUUCCAUUUGUUGCCCACGUGGUUGCUAGCUUUUCCUUUUUCCUACCCCUCCUCAUCCAAGACUUUGCACAAACCACUUUUUCUCAAUUGGAAUGAAUGGACCUGACCCAGGAGUAGGAGAUAAUAGAAAAUGUUAAGGAAUAAGGCCUUAAUAACGGGGGACCUAGUGAUUCCUGAGUUCCUAGCUAAGAGAGGCUGAGGGGUAGGUUUCAAUAAGAACAAACAGGUCCCAGAAAAUCAGACUCAGGAUAAAGAUAGGAUGAGGAAGGCCAAAUAUAUCUUGAAGUCAAAGGGAAAAAAUGAAGAUAAAACAAAAUUAAAAAAAAAAGAUAAAAAGUAAAAUUAAAAUGAAGAUAAAAAAGAUUUUUAAAAAUUUUUAAAAGGUUGGGGAUAAAGAGGCAUCAAAAAAUAUUUGAGACCAUUAAGAUUGUUUUUAAAUGCCUUUGUUAGGUUGUGUCUGACUCUUCAUGGGCCCAUUUGGGGUUUUCUUGGCAAAGAUAAUGGAAUAAUUUACCAUUUUCUUCUCCAACUCAUUUUACAGAUGAGAAAACUGAGGCAAAAGGGUUAAGUGUCUUGCCCAGAGUCUCACAGCUAGUAAGUGUCUGAGGCCAGAUUUGAACUCAGGAAAAUGAGACGUCCUGACUCCAUCUCCUGCCACCUAGCAGCCUCUUCAAAGAGGGAAGCCUGAGCCGAGCGGGGCCCCUCCCUCUGCUUCACCCGCCCCCCAUCAUGCAGCCCCCCCUCGAUCUCAAGCAGAUUUUGCCCUUCCCAAUGGAGCCAGCUCCCACCCUGAGCCUCUUCAGCAACUUUGGCACGAUGGAUCCCGUGCAGAAGGCUGUGCUGUCCCACACCUUUGGGGGACCUCUACUCAAGACCAAGCGGCCAAUCAUUUCCUGUAACGUCUGUCAGAUCCGAUUUAAUUCCCAGAGCCAGGCAGAGGCGCACUACAAGGGCAAUCGGCAUGCUCGCCGUGUCAAAGGCAUCGAGGCCGCCAAGACCCGGGGCAAAGAGCCCGUCGUCAAGGAGCCUGGAGAGUCAGCACCAUCAGGCAACAGCCCUCCCAGCGAGGAUGGAGGGGCCCUCCGACCAGUUGUGGUGGAAAACGGGCUGAGCCUGGCCCCCAGAUCACCUGAGAAGCAGCCUGGUGUCCCCUCCCCAUCCAAUGUCCCAGAAACUGGACGGGCUGGAACCAAGGGCGACGGGAGGACUCCAGCCCCAGCCGCACUUCCAGGGGGCAGCAAGGAGGAGGAAGAAAAGGCCAAAAGGCUAUUAUAUUGUGCUCUGUGCAAGGUGGCUGUGAACUCCCUGUCCCAGCUUGAGGCACAUAACAAAGGUACCAAGCACAAGACAAUCCUGGAGGCACGCAGUGGGCUGGGCCCCAUCAAAGCGUACCCCAGGCUGGGGCCCCCCACUCCUGGGGAACCUGAGGCCCCUUCCCAGGACCGGACCUUCCACUGUGAAAUCUGCAAUGUUAAGGUCAAUUCUGAGAUCCAGUUAAAACAGCACAUCUCCAGCCGGAGGCACCGGGACGGCAUGGCUGGCAAACCUAACCCCCUGCUGAGCCGCCACAAGAAGCCACGGGGUGUUGGGGAAUUGGCGGGCACACUGACUUUCUCAAAGGAGCUGCCUAAGUCCUUGGCCGGUGGUCUUCUCCCCAGCCCUCUGGCGGUGGCUGCAGUGAUGGCGGCAGCGGCUGGCUCUCCGCUGUCCCUGCGCCCAGCCCCUGCUGCCCCGCUCCUCCAGGGCCCCCCCCUCACUCACCCCUUGCUCCACCCAGCCCCCGGGCCCAUCCGAACUGCGCACGGACCCAUCCUCUUCUCUCCCUACUGACCCCAACCCUGAACCCCCAGCCUCCCCCCAUUCCUAUUGGGACCCAGGCUCUGGGCCCCCCCAAGCCUGCCCCCCUCCUGGCUUUUCCUGGGAAGGAGUCUCUCUUUUCCUCCCCCAGACCACCCCAAGGUACGGGGUUCCAGGAAUGGGAAGGGGGAAGCGGGGGAGGGGGGCUUCAGAAGGGGGGGCACCCCAGAUCUCAGGGAACCCCACCCCUGCCCCUCCCUCUCCCUCAUAAAGGGGGGGCAUCUCAUCCCUAGCCCUUUUGGAGAUUACCCCUCUCCCAAAAGCCAUGUCCAUCCAGACCCUACCCCCAAACCUAGCACAAAAACGGGGUUCACAAGCCAUGUCCAGGGUCCGGGUCCGGGGUGAGGGUCAGGAACGGAUUUUCUUGGCAAUAAUCGGACUCUGGGACUCCGGAUCCCAUACCCCCAAACUGAAGCGCUUCCGUGAACAUCCCCAUGGAGGGGGGCAGGAGGGAUCCGGGGUCCUUCAUAAGCACUUUGGCAUUUUGGCCUGCAGCCUCACUGUGUCCACCUGGCCCAUCCUUCACCCUACCCCAACACUGUUCCAACCCGUACUGGGGGCAGUAUUUAUGGGGGGGUUACACCCCCACCCUCCCCCCUUACACAAACACCCAGUUCCUAGCCUGUACUCUCUCCUCCAGCCCGGGUUUCCACUGUCUUCUCACCAGCACCCAUGGUCCAUGGGGGUACUGAGGGGGGCAGGGGGUGUCCGUCCAAUCCGAAUCCACCCCGGCCCUGCCUUCCGCAAAACUGUGAGCGAGCAAAAAAGCAAUAGAAGCCCCUUCCCCCUGCUCCCUGCCGAAGGACUCGCACCCAGACCUGUAACCCUGCUCCCUGACCCCUAGCCCAGUUACCUCACUCCCCUCCCCACCAGCCCCCUCAACUGCACAACUUGGGCGGGGGCGGGGCCUCUGUGUUUCUCUGUCCUCGGUGUUGUCGAAUUCCUGCAGUCCUGGGGAGGCGGCCCCCCUUCUGCACCACCACCAUCACCUGUUUCUGCUUGAUGAUGUAGCAUCUUCCGCCUCCCAACAAUAAAGUCCAGAUUCGUUUUGCCCUUCGCUCCCCAAA